GACUAUAUUAUUUUAUCAAAUGGUGAUGAAUAUAGUUAACCCAUCAACCAAGUUUAAGUUUAUUUGUGAAGGCGGAGUAUUUAAAAGGAGCCAGAGGUACAAUGAAAUCCCCGAAUUCAGAACUAGGUUUUGCAGGCAAGCAAUGGAUGUGGAUUCUUCUUCCGUCUCGUGCGAGGAAGGCUGCAGUCAAUGAUGGUGUUGCGCGCUGCGCCUUGUUUGCCAUGAAUGAGGAGACAAAUAUCAGCGUUGAAGAUGAGGGGAACAUGGACGUGGAUGAGGCGAACGAAGAAGGCGAUGAUGGCGAGGCAAGGGGCCUCGAAGGUGAAGACUUCACACAGAUUUUCAUGGUGGACGAUGAUGUUUGGGAGACCAAGAAUUUCUCCAGGUGGAGGAAUCUGAAUUGGCUCUGUUUCGAUGCGUUUUCCAGAAUAGAUGAUUACUAUUUCGAUAUACCCAAAAGCUCUUUCAAUCCAGGGGAGGAUCCCCGUUCUGAAAGACCUUUAGAGUUGAAGAUGGGCCAUUCUUUGUUGUAUUAUGAGAUGGACGAACCAUGGGCAGGUAUGUAUCUCAGAGAAGCUACUGAUGGUGCCAGAGUAGCCAUUGAGUUUUUCAACAAGGAAAACAAGAUGGGAAAAACUUUGAGGUUUCAGAGAUUGUGCAGAAUAAGGGCUUACAUUUUUAUAAACCGCGUGGUAGAGUAUACUUCCUUACAUUUAUGACAGCUCAUUUUGAUGUUGUUGAGCGGUCGACAGAAUUCGAAGCCUCUUUAUUUCAACCUUCAAAAGAUAAGAAAACAUGGCAUUUGAGGGCCUUGAGGAAAAAGCCAUUUGAUUAUUUUGUCUCCUAACGGUUGCAGUUUAAGGUUUCAAGAAAUUCAGGCAGCAUGAUCCAGGAGCUCCAAAGGCUCCACAAGGACAUGGAAGUGCGCCCCAUGAUGCAGCGCUUGAAAAACCUUUACCAAGGCCAUGCUAGGCAUGAACGCUUCAAGAUGCUUGAAAAACUGGAGGCCCCACUGCACAAGGUGGGGCAUGCAUGGUUGUACAUAGGGCUGUUUAAGUUCAGGUCCAGAACAAGAAGCUGACCAAACCAGAUUGUUAGGUCCAAACCAGACUCGGACUGGAUAUAUUAGCUCGGCCCUCGGUCCAAGUUAUUUAUGCAAACAGAUUAAUGAAUUGUAUAUUUUUGUAGGAAUGGUAAAAUUUGGGUACUCAAUGUAUUACUCCCUCCGUCCCAUUUUAAAUUGCAUAUUUGCCUUUUUUCUCCGUCCCAAAAUAAAUUGUCUGUUAGUUG